AUGACCAUUAAAAACCCUUAUUCUAAAUCUUCUGUUAACGGAUUGAUGUUUUUAGCACAAAUUGAAGUUCUUCAACAUCCUGACGCCAAAAUGGCAACAUACAAAUACUAUAAACAUCGAGCAGAUAUACUUACAAGAUUGGAAAGAAUGAGAAUUGCACCAGAACGUAGAGAACAACUCAAAGAAUUUGUAACCAAUAUUGAAAACUUUUUGAAGGAAUUUUCUGAAAAAACAAUUGAAAUGACGGAUUUAAUAUUCUUCAGACAUCAAAGAGAAGUGCACAAAUUAACAGCUAUCGUUCAAAAUAUAAAGACUUACGUUGAUGAUUCAAAACAAGGAGUUAAAGAAAAUCCAAGGACUUUUACUUUCUUAUAA